GGUACAAGCAUCUGCACGAAGAACUCUUUCGACGAGCCAAUUACAAUUCCAAAUUCUCCAGAAAUCACUGAGAUUGAUCGGUGAAAGAAAGAUGCCGAAGAAAAUGGGAGUGAAUAGUAAAGCCGAAACGGCUAGGGCUCGCAAAGGCGCCAUGGAAUCCGAGCGCAAAGAUCGUGAAUCUCGAGAAAAAGAAGAUCAGUAUUGGCGUGAAGCCGAAGGAGCCAAGUCACGCGCCGCCAAGAAACGUGAAGAAGAAGCCGAGAAGAAAGCAGAAGCCGCAGCCAAGAAAGCCGAGGCCCGUCGCCUUGCUGAGCUGGAGGAGAAAGAGCUUGAGAAGUCGUUGAAGAAGCCGGACAAGAAAGCCAAUCGUGUCGCUAUUCCGGUACCAAAGGUGACUGAGGCAGAACUAAGGCAGAGAAAGGAGGCGGAACAGGCAGCGUUAGCGAAGAAGGCGGAGGAGGAUAAGCGGAGGCAGAGCCGUAUGGCAGGGGAAGAGGAGUAUGAGAAAAUGGUGCUUGUAACCAAUAGGAACCGCGAUGAUUCAAUUGUAGAGGCUAGUACUGUGGAUGAUGCCAUUGCUCACUUGGCUAUUUCUGAUAGUUUGCCACCGGAUAGGCAUCCUGAGAAGAGACUCAGGGCCGCCUUUAAGGCGUUUGAGGAGGCUGAGCUUCGUAAUCUGAAGGAGGAGAAACCGGGUCUGACACACACUCAGUACAAAGACUUGAUUUGGAAGAUGUGGAAGAAAUCUCCGGAUAAUCCUCUUAACCAGAUUGCAGAUAAAUAAUAGGUGCAUUGCCCUUUGUGCUGAUGUGGCUGGCAAUAGUCCUAUGGACACCGUUGCAGCUUUGGGGAUACAUUGAUGGUAUAUAGUGUGACCUGGUUGGUGUUGUCAGUCUUCUGCCAAACAUUUGGGGUGUGCUUAAUACUGUGUUUCUUCUGGUUGAAGUGUAAUGCUUCCUAAUUAGAUACUAUACCCCUCUGUAUUUUAUUAAAUUAAUCUCUGCACCAUGGCACUCAUGAUGUUCGUCCUUUGCUUAACAGUAAAUAACAUACUUAAAUAAGUCCUCGGUAUUUGACCGUGAAAGAUCCAAUCAAUAACUUUCUGACCUUCUCAGUAGCUGAAAGGGUGAAAGGAAGGAAUGUAAUCGAAUUGAUGAAGGGAAAAUGUGUGGAGCCAUCAGAUAAUUUCUUGUUUA